UAGAAUACAGCCACGGUAUCCCCUGCCUGUCGUAGGAGGCGACUAAAAGGGAUGAAUGCUAAAAGUAUGGCAAAAUGUGAAACGAAAUGUGAAAAGGACCGCUUGUCCCUAGAAUACGCCACCCCUAUGGAAAGGGGAAAACUGUAAACAAUGCACAGGUCUCUGUUCUUGAUGCUUUACGAGACUGCAAGCCUCGCGAUGCCACGUUUGCAUUACGUGAUUUCUAAUGUCACGCGACUGCAUUUACAUUACGCUACACGUCUGCUAAUGGCACGUGGUUGUGUUUACAAUGCACCACGUGGAUCCUCGUGUCAGCGAGCUUUAUUUACCCAGCACCACGUGACCGUUGGUUUGCGAUGCACUUGUAACUACGAUUUACAGUCACGUUUACCUAGCACACUAAAUUAUGGAUCUCGUGUAAACUCCAGUGAUACCCAGGAUGGAAUAGUUGAAGUUGAUUUUCGGAUUAACAUUGAAACUAGAUAACAGGAUAAUAAAUGCAGGUGUUGAGUUUCGCGUCGUAGCUUUGAAGAAAAACUAGUUGAAAAUGAAGAAAAUGUAUUCCUGUCGAUUUCCUGGAGACAGUUAUCUUGAUCUUAAACAGAGGCCAAUUUCGACCCGGCGUUUCCUCGCUGUCCCAAGUGUUCUUUGGAAUUGUAAAACGACGAAUGGCGCAGGUCUUCCGGGCGAAUCCUUUAAACCGUAUCACAGUGCUAGAGUCCUGAUUCUCUCAUCACCAUGGCGCUGACCGUACGAACGGAGAAACGAUCGACGAGACCAUUUCUGGGUAGUUGGAGAAGCAAAGUUACCGGGAUUAUUUAUUACAAUGCCUGUACGCAAACCGGGAGGCACGGCCGGGAUACCAAGGAGGAAAGAGUGCAAACUGAGUUUCAGGUCGACAAAUUUACAGACAUGCAACGCGAUGUGGGGCUGCAGGUGAAUUUUUAUCCCGAUGUUCGAGACAGGCUCUUAGAAGCUAGAGGUCAUUCACAGAGAUCCAAGGAAUCCUGCCAGGAUCCUGGCGACGAGAAGAUCCUGAAGAGCGUCGUAAAGAUACAGAGGUUUUACAGAGAUCACCGCGGCGGGCAAACCGCGUUACUUCCGGUACGCGCCAAGAACACGGACGAGGAUCGAGUACAUACGAAACCGAGUUUCUAUCGUAGCCAGGAUUUCGUGAUACUAAACCGCACGUGGCCGAGAACGAGGACGGACUUUGAGUUGCUGUACAAUCUGCUUGACCGCUGGCGAAUCCAGGAAACGAAGAGGGUAAGCGAACAGCUGUUCGAACCUUCCAGGAUCGCCGUGUCCGGUCUAAUCCUGUCGAAGGAGGUGGAACUGUUGCGAGCGAUAGACGCGAUGAAAACGACGGUUAAACAGAACAGGAAGAGGAGAACGUGCAGGAAGUUCCUGGACGAGUUGUCGAAGCCUGUCCUCUGGAAGAACAACCGCGGCCAAACGAUCCUGGUGGACACUCCUGCAGUGCAACGUGCUCGUUAUUUCAGGAACACCUUCGACGAGUUGUCCAACGAAGAUAUUUCGAUCGAAGAACGUAUAAAGACGUUGUCUCGGCUCAGAAACGACAUCGACCCUCAUACUUGCAGAACUUCUGAUGAAUUACUACGUUUGAUAGAUCAGGAAAUUACUCUUCUGACCCUUAAGGUUGAUCCGAGUAAAUUGAACUGGUUGAGAGGUCGUUUGAGACUUGCUUUCUUCGAAUUAGCUAGAAAUUCAUUAAUUAAUGAGUUUAGGAAUAAAAGUAUCAGGGGUAGUUCGUUAGGUCAUCAAAUAAUUUGCAAAAGUUGCAACAGAUUGUUGCCAAUGGAAAAAUUUCCAAGAGAAAAACAGCGUUAUUCUUCUUGCUGCAAUUAUUGUUUGUAUCUGAAGAUUCAAAAGGGUCCUCGAAUUAUUUAUGGGCAAUAUGAAAUGUUGCUUCGUGAUUUAAGACGUAGGGAGGGUAGAAUGAAAUGUUACACCAGUCUGGCGUUCGUAGUUGACGAGAAGCUGAUUUAUCGUUUAGUGAACGAUAUAUGGCAGGGGAGAUCGGCGAUUUCGGGAGAUGAUCGUUUGGAUCAGUUGAGAUUGGUGAGAUUUCGUAAGGGUGAGGAAUGGUCGCCGUGGAAUUGUCUACCGUUGACCGUAAAAGAAGCCUCGUUGCAUUUGAAGGUAGACGAUUUACAGAAGUUUUACGGCCCGACGGUGCUGCAGAAGUUUUACACGAAGAAUCUGCAGGCGAAAGUUCAGUUCCAUUCUAUGUUUGAAUUCAGAAAUAGAUAGAAAAAAAUGCUGGCUUUUGUUUUCGUCUCAAGUAUGAUCGAGAAAAGAGCUGAUCUUCCAAAGCUCUUCUAUUAACCCAUCAACAGUGUAAUUAUUUAAAUUGUAAUUGCGAAAAUUACAGUUGAAAAUUCCAAGUAUUUCGAAGUUAUCACAAUUGAUAACGAAACUCGUGAGAUUCUCCGUCGGUCGUGAAAACAGUUGAAGGGGAUUAAAACCCCAAGAAGUUACCAGUGUUUCUCGUUUUCCAUCCGCAACUUUCCGUAGCCAACUUCGGCCUCGUUGAUUGAGUUAAUCACGUCGCAGUUUAUAAGCUAAGUUCCUAUCGGGUCAGAAAAGAGCCGCCUGAUCUUGCUAACGUUUAAAACCCCUCAUAAUCCUCCGACGUUUCUGAACGUAUAUUACAUCCCUCGCGUAACAAUCACCUAGGAAGCUUUUAAUUUCCUUCGGAAAAUGUAGACGAUGAAUCAAGGUGUAACCGGAUCGAGAAGUUUAAUCGAAAAGGCAAAGUAAAUGGAAACGGCGAAAUGAUUUCUCCUUUUCGAGAGGAUCAAUCGUAUACAUAAGAAGGUUGAUCUGAUUGUUUCUCAAGUUCUCAUCAAUGUUUGCAUGUGAGAUUGUCAAAGGAAUAAUUGAUAGAUUAACGUACGAUCCUCUCAAAAGAGAGUACCGGAAACGGUUUCCAAUUAAUGGAAAAACCGGUUCGCUUUGAAGGAUUGAGCCUCAGAAUCUGUUCGUAGUUUCAAAAGGAACAACGAGAUUAGUAUUCUAUACCGUGGACACUACGAAUAGUAAAAAGAACAUAAUUUAAUUAUUUAUAUUUAAUUUUUCUAUAAAUCUCUGUCAAUCAAAAUACCACUUUUUCGUUGUUUAAAACGAACCUCUCAACCCUAAACCCUUCUAGCAUUGUUAAAUAAAGUAUUAUCCCUGUGUGGAGGUAACAUAAAACAAGAUACGAUCGCCGCGAAAUGAAAAAGUAUUAAUAAAACGUAACGAAACGCUUGGUUUAUGGAUCGUCACAGGGUUCAUUACUUGCAUGCCAACAUAAAAAUGGUAACUUUUAUUUUGUGGCACGCGGUGUCGUAACUACGAAUGUUAUCGUUGUUUACAGUAAAAAAUUUCAUCCCUGCCACGUGAAUUUGAAGGGUUUUAACGAACGUUUGUCGUUAGGAAUAAAAAUUGCACCGCAAUAUUUGCAGUUGUAGUGCAGUGCCACUUGUCUGACCACGCGUUUACUUAUACUACUUGCGCGCGGCUGAUCUCGAUCUUAUACUACUGUGGCCAUCUUAGCGUCAUUAAUCGCGGAUUAAUAAUUAGAUAACAUUUAAGAUGCAUCAUUAGCAAUGAAAUUGCUGGUAUUAAUAGGAAACGACUACUCACGCGCAAUUUACUCGAUAAAUAUAUUCAUUGAGGACGCUUUGAGGCGUGGUUCGACCGCCUGAUCAAAUCACUCGGUGCUUAUUAUUGGUCAAACGAUCCCUGGAGCUAACAUCAUAAAUUUCAAAUACUCCGUCGGGUCGUUGCACAUCAAAGUGAUCGAAUCACCCUGGGGAACGUCUUUGAUACAGCAAACGCGUAAAAUAUUUUUCUUGAAAGUUUCAUGAAAUUAAUCAGUUAAUUAAAUUAUCCCCAACCGAGUUCUCCUAUUACUAUUUUUGAAAUAAGACGAAACGAGGAGGGUUGUAAGUUUCUUUCUUGCUCGCUUUUACCCACGUAACGAUCGCGAUUUUAAAAGCUGGAAUUACAUUAUCGAUACUUCGACAAACUAAUUACGAUAUGGAGGGUGGAAGAGUCGUCUUUGCAAUUAGUGGAUGUACACUUCGCUCUGCUCGCGAUUUAAUCAACUAGCCUGGUGCAGUUUUAAUCGUUACAUCGGACUUAAUCGAAUCGUUAACUUCUGUCGUUACUUUGAUUACUUUUCUUUGCGACGCUGAUCGAAUUAUUCAUCCACCCACAAGAUAAUUCACGAUUUUUAUGCGAUGACAGGGAACAUAAAUGAAAUUUAAAAAAGCCAAGAAAAAUGAGAAGGAUAUGGUUGGUAAUGACAAGUCGAUGACAUGAAGCUUAAUGAUAUCACGUGUAACUAUGAGGUACAUCGAUAGAUUGAAACUUCCGAUUAAUUAGCUAUCGAAGCUCUGCAACAAUUAAUCAUUUUUCCCUGGUACGGCUAAUGAAAGGAAACUAAUAAACCGAAAGCGGAAUUGCGGUGAUGAUUAAUUUUCGGUUUUUUUCCCCCUUGCCGGUCGAACGAGUCCUCGGUAAACGAUGACCAAUAAAGCGACAAAUCGAUACGUUCCAACGCAGAUUCGAUUAUACACGAUAACAGGUGAAAUUUCAACUUUUCACGGGUUACACGUCGAAUACUCCCGAUCGAUUAAUCAUUUUCCUUAAUUAAACGAACAGCGAUAGUUAAUAAAGCGAAAAAUGGAGCUACUAUGAUGGUCGAUUUAAAUUUGUCACGAGUUAGCUGAUUCUGUUGUCGAUGAUCAUAAAAGUCAAUCAGUUAA